AUGGUGCCCUCUCCACCGGCCGUCUACUUUCCAGCUCUGGAUAAAUGUUUGGCCCGCGAGCUUCCUCUUCUAUCAUGGGAGUCUGCUUAUAAAGCUGUCAUCGCUCUUGACUCCGUCACUUCUUCUCUCACACUAGACGCCUUCUUCCAAGAUCCUACUGUUCUCUCCAUUCUGGGUGCUCCCCUCACGCCCUUUCAACCUCCUACCUCCCAGUCAAAGUCUGAUUUCGAGACACGCACUUCCGCUAUCAACGCUCUUCCUUCAGAAUCUGGCCAGUAUGACAUCAAUCAGAUCAAGGAGGAUGCUUUGUGGUUAUCGAAAGAAGCUGCUAUUCAAGAGACGGAUGCUUUGAGAAUUGUUCUGGUCGAAUGGCAGCAACGUUCUGCUUCGCGCAUGCUGGCUGAGUGGUCUCAGGAUGAACGACUUGGAAUUCAGAACGCUGCUGCGAAUGCCCAUUUCCGCCAGUCCAUCAAUCCAACCCCCGAACCAGAUCAAAAGUCGGUAUUCGAUACUCAGCAACAGAGACGUCCCAGGCUGUUGAACACGCUCUACGCCGAGAAGUCAAGUAUCUUGGCUUUGUCUGCACUAUUGGUCGGUCUCGCAUUGCCUCAAGAUCUGCAGUCGACGGCUGUCAACACAAGAGUUUCGCUUCUGGAAGCUGGUCUUGCUGUCUUGCGGACCCAGACAACGACAUCCAGCCCAUCCUUUUUCUGCAAAUGUGUGAACGCUCUGGAUGCAAAAUUGCAAUCACUCAACCCAGAAUCUUGGUCAGGUCUGCUUUCCGAAGACGACGACCUCGCCAACUCUUACAUAAAAUCUGUCUUUACCCAGCUUGUCCUGAUUCUGCGUCUGGCAUACAUCCACAUCUUCACCCAGAAAGAUAUUCCUGAUUCCGAGCCGGUCGUUCUUUGGUUUUCUCUAAUGGAUGCGACAUACUUCUUCUCUGCGCUUCCCGAAACCCCCGAGACUUCAGACCUGAUCAUUGUUAUUCGAUGCCUAACUUCGCUUAUAUCCCUGGAAGUACUCAAGGUCAGAAUUACCGUGGACUCGAUCAGCGAACAACCAGAUACUGCAAAUUACCCUCAACUGCCUGGAAAACCCUACAUUGAUGACGAGGCCUGCGUUCAAUUGGUCACUUCCACUCUCCUUGGUGCUGCACAAGCUCAGCUCGGUAUAAGACAUGCUGGGCCUGCCAUCCUUGCAUGGAGCAUUAUCGCACAGAGCCUUCGUGGAGCAGUCCUAGCAAGUCGUGCUGAGGCACAGUCUCAAAUCGAGGAUGGUUCUAGCAACGCGACAAAGACCAAGACAGAAACUUCACUAGACGCUAUUCUCAACGCACAUCCCGUAGAGGGAGAAGACGUUAUUGGCUUCAUGGCCAAUGCUGCAGCCGCCGAUUUACAAACAUUCGACAUGGUGACUUCUCUGUCUGAGUGUCUGCUGCUUGCGUACGGCGCUGAACUUGAUCUUCACGUUGCUGCUUGUGGUAAAAUGUCACUCUUCAGCUUAGUCUCAGCAGGCUACCAUCUUUUCCAGUACGGACCCGAUAUGGUCCAGGCAGUGCUUUCAAUCCUUUCAUACGAUACAGUACCUCCAAAUCUCUCACGGACACGAGCUCGGAAUCCGGUGCAGCCAGUCAAAGCUUUUUUGACCGACGGCAGUGGCAUGGGCGGCAAGUUUUUCGAUCAAGUCAAGCAACGCUAUGCUUACGAAGUUCGACCUUUCCUUAACUGUCUGCUCUCGAUCAGUCAAAGCCGGGCUUCGAAAGAUGGACAAGACUCGGAAAUUCUCGCAAUCCUGGAAAACAUGUCUACCCUCACUCAGAUCCUCCCCAAAACUUUUGAGAGAAGCUACGAGAACUACCGAGAGGACGAACUUCAGAAUCACAUUCAGCUUCUUGAUGAGAUUCCGCUCUUCGUCCCGAGAGACGGCAGGACUCAUCACAUGCGUCUCACGUCAGGCAGAGAUGCUGGUCAAGCUAAGACUGACCUGACGAUUCCUCCAGGAACUGUUGGUAUCCUCGCAAACCAAAACAGUCCCUAUGUGGUCUGCUGGCACCACCAACACUCCGCACUUGAGUAUUUCGGCAAGCUCCUCGCAACCAGACUGUCCAAUGCAACUUACAUCGAAUUGGCGUCUGGAGCUGUUGAAAAGGAGGCAGCCGCUGAGAUUAUUGCGCUCGUCGACUCGCUCGUCUAUGCUGCUGUAAAGGCGGAUGACAUCAAUGCUGCAAAGCACGUUCUAGGUCGCUUGAGCUAUGGUCUCGACAGAAACGAUGAUAUCGUCAGAGUCAUCUUCCAGAUGUUCGAGGAAGAGUUGCAUGCUCAAGUCGAACAACCAGGAUCGGAGGGCUCUUUGUAUCUGUUAGUGCACAUCGUUCGAUUCAUGCAAUCGUUGGUGUCCAUUUACCCGGAAAGAAUCUGGUCUCUUUUGACACGCAGUCGACUGCUAUCUGUUGACGACAACGUCGGCGGUCUCGCUGCCAUCAUUAGCGCUACGGAGCUUCCGAUCGGACAGUACGAUCUGCUUCGUGCUUGUGUUGGUCUCUUCGAAGGGUUGAUACAAGAUGUCGCUACCCGGGCUGUGUCGCGCAAGUCUAACACAAAGGCUGUUACUCGCUUUGACGACCCAGCCGAUGCAACUGGAACCACACCGGAGAAGUUGACGAGUGCAGUGCUUGCAGCAUUCCAACGUAUUCUUCUCGAUGUGCUGCAAAGUUCGCCGAGCUGGCGUUUCGUCUUCGCUUCAGAAAGAUGUGAGAUCAGCACGCGUAUACUUAAUGCAGCUACCGAGAUACUCAACUUUGCCUACAGCGUGGACGACAACAAAGCUGUUACUGCAAAGUUGACUGGUGUAUUUGCACAAGCUUCGGAAGAUCUUCUCAAGGUGUACCUGGCAGAAAGCCCUCAUUCUCUGACUUUCCACCCCCUCCUGAACAUUCUCACGUCGGGUCUCGCUUCGAUCAACCCCGGACCGCUUGAGAACGAAGGACCAAUCAGACUCCAAACUAGUGCUGCUUUGUCUUUCUGUUCAACGAUCCUCGACGUUGGCAUGCUCACCGAUCGUAAAGCUGGUUACCUCACCAAGAACCUCCUUCAGUCCAUGCCUCUUCUUGCGCGCCUCUUUGCUGCCCAACACUCUUACAAAGCACCAGUCGCUACCCUGUUCACAAGCAUUGUUCGCACGUUGAACCAAUCUGAGUCAGAACCGGCUUCUCUUCUUGGUCACCUGAGUCCGGAGGCCGCAAAGAGCUUCCUGACCGUACUCGCAGAGCUUGAUCAACCUUUGCAAGACAUCAAUGUGGAAACUACAAUCUGGGAGAUGUUCUCGGCUGUUGUCAGCAACAAACAGCAGUGGCUUUCUAUCCGCUUGCUUACUGGCACUACACCUCGUGAUAGACUGAAGGCUACCGAGAAGAGCGAGGUUACUGGCAGCAAAGCAUUACUGAAGUAUGCUUUAGAUCAGCUGGCUGACAUCAAAAACAUCUCUCCUAGACGGGCAAUGGCUAUCUUGAAGUUCGUCGCUUCUGCACAAAAACAGUGGGCUUGGGCAACACACGGUAUUGGCAAACAUGCCGACUUCCUGAAGAGCGCAGCAGAUUGGCUGGCGGAGAUCGAACCAAAUGGCAAACAGUCCGACCUGGAGAGUACCAUCCGAUACGCCAACGAGAUUCAGAUGGCUUCUUACGCUUCAAACAUUCUUGCACGUUACCUCCACAAUGCUCGCCAGCUUGGUGACACUACAACCGCAAAGAAUGUAGCCACUAAACUGCAAUACCUUACUGAACAUGGAGUUGCAGUCAAUGCUUACAACCACUCACUACACAAGAAUCUAUCGAAGAACUUCGUCAUCAAGUUCCCGCAGUGCAAGCUCGAAAACUUCAAGCGCACCUCUCUCCAACAAGCAGAUUUCGGUCGUGAUUAUUAUUACGAUCGCAAGAUUGCUAGUCAAAUGCUGGACUUUGAGUCAUCCUGGAGUGGUCGCAACAAUCAAGGAUUUGUCGAGGAAGUCGCAAGGGCCAACGUCAACUUAUCGCUGGUCGAAGCUCAGGUCAAUCUCCUGAAGAGCUGGAAAGCGCUAGCCAUCAUGCUUGGCACAUUCGCUGAGGAUAUCCCAUCGUUACAGAAAGACCUUGCAACCGUCGUUCAAAAGUCUCUUGCUGCGAACAUGGAAGCUUCGAUUCCGGCCGUAUUAUUCGAUAACAUCGCACAAACUCGCGCUGAUCUAGCAUUCGUCUUGUUGCAAAAGCUGACCUCGAUCAAGUCUAAAGAGCCCAUUGUUCGUGACUUGCUCUCUACGGCAUGGGACAUCGUUCGCACUUCGAACCAGGACUUUGAGGUUGCUUCUACUCCUCGCGAUGUUGAGUACUACCGCACGCUCCUGCGUACUCUCUUCCUCGCACUCCAGCCCCAGGUCUACAAUCCUGUACAGAAAGAGAAGCGAUCGGCUCCAGUUGUUCCUGUCAUACCUCUUGAGAUCCUGAACGCUGUACACAAGAACUUCAGGGCACUGUGCAGUAAUGUCCAUGCCAACCCUGAAUCGGUUCAGCCAGCAGACUUUGUGCUGUUGACAGCUUUGCUUCAGAGUAUCCUCCGCAUCCCUGGCAUUGCUUCUGCGCACUCGACUAUUGCCACUAACUGUGCGGACGCUGGCACUCUUCGCUACGCCACAAGCUUGUACUCUUGGUCUGAUCGCCUCGUCACACCUGAUUCGGUUGACCCUGUUUAUGGUGAACUCGCUAUUCUGUUCUUGCUUGAGCUUUCGUCCAUCACAUUCAUUGCAGAACAGAUGGCGGUCGAAGGUGUGCUAUCGCGCCUGUCAUCCGCCAACCUGUCUCAUUACCUUCGCAACAUGAAUGGCAAGGGUCCCUUUGACGAACCUGUUCGCGUUUUCGCCAUCUGGUCAAAGGGCAUACUUCCUCUGUGUCUCAACCUUCUUGAGGCAGUUGGUCCGCCAAUUGCCGCUGAGAUUGGUGCUUUCCUCAACAGUUUCCCUGCUCAACUUCGCCGUGCUGAAACUGAUCUUGAGAACAAGCAACCUUCUCUCAGACACCCAUACGCUGGCUGCAUUACUCUUGGACUUGCGAGCGAGACUCACUCUCUUUCCCUCAUCUCUCUCAUCCUUGAACGACUACGAACAGUAGGCGCAAGCUCAGGUGCUUCAGCUGCUGAGAUCCCUAGCUUGGAAGUUGACCGUUCCAAUGCAAAGGAACAGGUCGAGGCUAUCGUGCGCACGAGACGCAACCUGCGUGAGCGCAUCAUGCCUGUCGGUGAAAGAGAGACGGAAUGGGCUCGACAGAAGCCUGCUGUCGUCGCCAAGGAUAUUGAGAACAAGCUUGAGGAGAGAGUCGUCGAUGAAUUCGAAGCUGCUCUUGUUUGCUUGACUGGUUAG